GCAAAAGUUUACAAAUCAUGUAAAACUUGAGCAGGAGAUGACAUCAUUAAUAAAGCCUGACAUUCAUCUGAUUCUCCGCCACUCUCAGAAUUAUCAUUAUUAUUGUUGCUCAAAAUUGUUACCAAUUUCCAACCUUACUAUUAUAUCGGCCUUGAGAUUCAAUUCGAUCCCUUCUCUUCAUUACAAUACUAGGAUUCCUAUGGCUGAUUCUACUUCUAGGGUUGUGCUGCAGUCUGAGUGUGGUGGAGAUGGCAAAUCUGAAAAUGUGAGUCCUAAUUUGACUGAGAUUAUUGUAGUACGUCAUGGCGAGACAGAAUGGAAUGCCGAUGGUAGAAUUCAGGGGCAUUUAGAUGUCGAAUUGAACGACAUCGGGAGACAGCAAGCUAUGGCGGUGGCAGCCCGGCUCUCCAAGGAGACAAGGAUCUCUGCCAUAUAUUCAUCGGACUUGAAACGGGCCCAUGAGACUGCAGAGACAAUAGCAAGGAGUUGUGGGGAUCUAGAGGUCAUUAAAGAUCCAGACCUUCGAGAGAGACAUCUAGGAGAUCUUCAAGGUAUUUCUCUCCGUGAAGCAGCCAAAAGUCAACCAAUGGCUUAUAAGGCUUUUCUGUCUGACCGAAAUGAUCAAGAAAUUCCAGGUAGCGGAGAAAGUUUAGAUCAGCUUUAUCAACGCUGCACUUCUUGUGUUCAAAGGAUUGCCAAGAAGCACAGAGGAGAACGAGUGGUUAUUGUAUCUCAUGGGGGUGCAAUCAGAGCACUUCACAGUCGGGCAUCCCCACAUAGGAGGUCUAAAAGUAAGAUCUGGAAUACAUCCGUUGGUAUACUUCACUUGUCUGAUAAGGAUGCAUGGACCAUUAAACUCUGGGCCGAUGUAAGUCAUCUCAACAAGACAAAAUUUCUGGACUCAGGUUUUGGUGGGGACAAAACUUCCGGUUAAUUUUGCAUGCCACACUCAACAUUUGGGUUGCUGGCAAAGAGGUACUUAACAUUGUUUGCCAUAAAUGGAAAUAUAUAAUUAUCUUUGUAACCCUUUGUUAGU